AUGCUCUCAUUGAAACUUACUCGUGCCACUAUGGCCAUCUUUGUAGUGGCAAUACUCGUUUCACCUGUUGUACAAGCCGGGAUCUCCGUUGAUAAAACUGAAAAAGUUCCAAAUAAGUUACAAAAAGGUCAAGGUGCAAUCACGAUUGAUGGAGAUGCAUCGCAAGUUGCAAUUUCUGCUAGUCACCAAACACCCGAAACAAGUGCAGUCUGUCAUGGAACAAUCAAUCAGAAUUCUCAAAUGUACGAAGGUCCUUGUAUAUUGGAUACACAAAAUCAACAACAAACUUUUCAUGCUCAGUGCGUAAAAGGUUCAGGCGCUGCUUCAAUUGUAUUUCACAAAGAGGGCCAAAAAGGCAAUACCGUUGAUGUUUUCUCUGUUAAUGGCAUGCAAGCAGGAUUUGGUGGUAAGAGCCAUUUAAAGCAAGGCAGCAUCAGCACGAAGAAACAUGGUGUUAAGGUCGUCUUGAACUGUGACAAGAGCGACCCCAGCAGCAACAACAAAAAUCAAAAAUCUGGCUCAUUUUCAUUCUUUGGCGGCGGCAACAGCGACGGCAAAGGUGACCCUCAGAACAGUCAAAAGUCUGGAUCUUUCCCCUUCUUUGGCGGCAGCAGCACCAACAACAACAACAACAACGAUGAUGACUCAAAGUCUCAAUCUAUGUCAAACUUCAUGCCACACUUUUGA